AUGGUCGAGCUUGCAUGUAUAGGCCAAGCACUUUCAAAUAUUCAUGGACUCUCACUCGAAACUAUUCUGACCUUUGUCACCUUGGCCUCUGCCAUCAAGCAAGACGUGAUAUUAGCUCAACCUGCAACAUAUGAUGUGUCUACACCUCCGGACUUCAUGCCUCCUAGCGUGUCUUUAUUUUUGGGCUCUGCAUGCUCCCUGACACAAGACUCGGUGCAAAUCUGCUGGUCUGUCUUAAAACAUGAUAUCUGGCAAGACAAAUUCACACUGCAGCACAACACCCACUCACUUUUUGAGCAAUUUGCUUACAAGACGUUCUACCCUCCAUUCAAGAUGUGUACAGAAGCAACUUGUGAACGACGAGCAAAUGGGCUACUUUUAAACAAGGUUGAACAACUCCGAGUUGUGUAUGUGAGUCUGGAACAUGGGACAAUACCUGCCUAUGAUGUUGCAAUGCAAUGCGAACGCUGCAAAAUCACUUAUCACCACAAUUACAAAGUUUGCGACAAGGACCGUAUCUACUAUGACCACACGGAAGGACUGCCUGACACCAUUCAAGUUGGUACGCACCACUAUGUCGACAUUGCAGUGGGUCAGCUCUGGAAGACAAUGAUGCACGUUGCUUGGUAUGUUUACAUAAGGCACAAGAUCAUGCAGGUCGUGCAGUUUGUCAUCCACUUCAAGAUUCCCAGUGGAUGGGCCAUGCAUAUCAGUGUGAUCUGCGACCCCUUCACAGCCACCUAA